CACCUUUGAUUGGAUCAACGACUAGGAUAAAGUGGGAGGGCCGCUUUCUCUGAUUGGUUGUUGAGAUUCGACGACGUUUAGGGAUUGGCUGUUAUAAAAAACGGUAGAUUCGGUCUGUCCCUAAUGAAGCUGAAACACUGUAGGUGAAGGGAAAGGCUAGCCCAGCCCAACCGCUAAAAUUGCGCUUUCUUCGGGUUCUUACGGUAUUUUUCUCACCACUUCCGUAAAACUGGAGCUUAUGUUGUUUAUUAUUUUGUGUAGUCAGUUAGCUGCUAUUAGCUGACAGCAGCAUUCAUAAAAACAAACACGGAGCAAACGACAAAGCUGCAGUCUGUAAACAGUCGGAGGCACCUGCCUAGGUCUACUUUCCGCGUGCUUGCGGCCUUGCACCAAGCGGUUCAUCCACUUUUGUCUCUUUAAAGUUCAGUUCUUCUGAACUGGGUUUACGAUCAUGUUGAACGGCGUGGCUCUGCGCGCUCAGAUCGCCUCUGUGAUUGAUGCCUUAUCCAAAGCAGCUGUGGCAGAAAUCUCCAAAGUUGUGGAGGAUGGCCUGGUGGUGCUGCGGCUGGAAAUGUGUCAGCGUGAAGAUGAGAUCAAGAACCUGAAGAGCAGCGUCGAGGUUCUGCAUAACGAGCUGAAAGCAGCGCGGCAUGCGGAGACCCUGCUCCCCGACCACCACGGCAGAGAUGAAAGCCAGACUGGUGUUGGGGAUGAGAGGAAUUUCCUUGAAAAGGUGCACACUGAUAAGAGCCACAGCACCUUAGCAGUACCUGAAGGGCUGGUGAAAUGUGAACCUGUGGAGGGGGGAAGUGAGCAGACCAGAAUACAACCUGACCAACCAAGGGAAGAGGUGUCUUCGUACCAAGGAGGACAGUGGAGAUCAACAACGCAAACCCUGACUGGGUGCUGCAACAGGGAUUAUUUAACGUUAGCGCAGAACUCCCUGCCGUGUCUCUCUGAGCCAUCCAUGGAUGGUGGACUCGCGUCCUGCAGCAGCUCUGGUGGGUUUCAGCAGAGCCCGUUGAGUCGUGGGCUGCUGGGUUACAGUCAGUACAGAAACACAGUGCGAAGGACUGUGAAGAGGUUGAUGUUUAAGAAAAGCUUCGUUUGCCCAUACUGUGGCAAAUGCUUUGAAUCAGCUGGACAUCUCGAACGACAUAAAAGGAUUCAUACGGGUGAGAAACCAUAUCGCUGUGAAGUAUGUGGGCGGCGGUUCAAUCAGAAAUGCAGCCUCAAGGAGCACAUGAAGAUUCACAGGAGAAGUAUUCCAUGCGGGCCGGGUGACACCCCAGUAGGCAGAAAAAAACCGAAUCCUCAGGUAACUCCAUGUGCUGAUACGUGUCACCCCGAUGAAGUGAGCCAGGUGAAGGGUGAGGACAGCUUAACAAAGAAUGAAGAGGUUCUGGCAACAGCUGUGCAGAUAAAAUCUGAGCCUGCAGAGGAGAAUAUAACACAACCACUGCUUCAUGGGGGAAACGAGCAAACCACGGACAGAGCUGACAAUCUCAGUGAGAACUUCUCAGUGCUGGACAGAGACAACCAGCUGUGGAUGUCCAGUUUACAGAACAACCCACAGAACAUGACUUCCUUCCCUGUUAUAACACAGUUACUCCAACCACCAGUCGAAGCUUCUUGUAGCAACUUUUCUUUCCAAGGAAAACCCUACGGGGAGCUGAAAUCCAGCUCAAUUUCCCAAACACCCUAUGGGUCCUCGGACACACUUAUCAUAUCAAACGAAGCCAGCCUAUCCGGUAUGAUAGAGGCGUCAAUGGACUGCUACAGACAGAGGAGAAGCAGGUCGUUUAAGGUGAUCAGGCCGAAGAAAUGCUUCAUCUGCUCGUAUUGUGGAAAGGUCUUCGAGCGAGCUGGACACCUGGAAAGACAUCUACGAAUUCACACCGGAGAGAAGCCGUAUGGCUGCCACAUCUGUGGGAGGUGCUUCAAUCAGAAGAGCAGCCUCAAAGGCCACAUGAAGACGCACAGAAACGAAACAGCGGAGAGCACAGACAUGCUGGAAGCUCAUCACCUGAUGUUGUCGAUGCCCGAUAAUCAGCUGAUGGAGAGCUUUGCUGAACCCAAUAACAGACCAGCAGUUACAGAGGAACACGUUCCUUGCCCUGCGUAUGGUGAGACACUAAGGGAAGAAGCAGUAUUGGUAAAAUUGGAACCCAGUGGAAAUGGUUUCCCCACUUUAAGUCAGAUCAAGACUGAUAAUGGCACAGAAGCACUAGACCAAAGUCAGCUGUGGCCAUCAGGAAUGGAGAAGAGAAUCGGCAGCCACGACCAGACUGUCUGCGUUCUCCUGCAAGAUGUCAAAUAUCAACAGGACAACAAAGCAAAGGGAGAUUAUUCAGCGACUGAGAUGCAACCAACAAGCUCUGAUGCUCCGGAAUCACACGACCAGCUUAUUACACAUGAAAUGGCUGUUGAUGAUUACAGCACACUGAGUGACAGGACUCACAAUGGUGGCAUGUUUGAGUUAAACAUGGCCGCCUCCGGCACUCAUGAGGACAUCUGUGGUGAUAUCGCCGCUGGACAAAGCGGUUACAUUUGCUCAAACUGUGGUCAAAGCUUUGAUAAUUUCAGUAUGUUUCAGGAGCACCAGUGUGAGAAAACCCCACAGCAGGCCUUCAGCUGUGAGAUUUGUGGUAAGACGUUUAACCAGAUGAGCAUCCUCAAACUGCACAUUAAACUGCAUGUGAGAUGAAAUAUUUGGUGAUGUACACAAGAAAGAAAUGACAUCAUUUUCCACCAGCUGCUAUAGUCAAAUGUAACAGAUGUGACAGACAAGACUUUUUAUGUAAGAUCUAAAAUAAAUACUUAACACUACCACAACCUUUUAAGGCUUGAGACUAAAAAUCAGAAAGCAACAGUAUCAUUCUUCCUCUUUAACCUAUUUUUUAUUUUAUUUUAAAGAACAGAGCACUAAUAGCUGGGACAGUGAACAUAGUGCUUUACCUAAUCUGUGUUGUGCUCUAAAUGACAACUACUCAGACUGAUCACUAGUUUCACUUGUUUCUUCAUCAAAACUGUGUUGUCACUUUCUAUGUCAGCAGGAUUAAGCAAAAGUCCAAGUUGAAUCUCAUAAAACUGGUGAGUGGACAAUCAGAGACCCUCAGAAAUUUAGGUGGGGAUCUGGACAAUAUGUCUCAUUUACCAGUAUCUUCUUAAAUUGGUUCUUACACACA